AUGAAAUAAUAAGUAAAUAAUCGAAUUAAUCCUGAUUUAUUGUUUCCUCGAUUGGCAGCAGGAGUAAAUCAUUGUUUAGCAAUACAAAGUGAAGGAGAUAAGACUACAGCUCCAUAAACAUUUUAAUUAUGGGGUUGGGGAAGCAAUGAAUUUUAAGCAUUAGGAAAACCAGAAAGUAUUGAUUCAGAAAUUCAACCCUCUCCAGUAAAAAUAUAUUUAGAACACAAAUAAAAACCAUAUGUUCCUUUAUAAGUUGCUUGUGGUAAUUAACACAGUAUGAUUCUGGCAUGCAGUCAAGAAUAAUUUACAAUCAUCUUUAAAAAUUCUUAGUCUAUGGAUGAAGGCUUUAAUUAUGAUUAAGGUUUUAAAACUCUACGCUAUGAUGAUUGUGUUAUAUUUUCAAGUGGUAGUGAUGAAUUUGGACAAUAAGGAAGAAUGACAGAUAAAGAAUAAUCUUAAGAAGAAAUUGAAGAAGGUGAAUAAGAAGAAGAUGAUGAAGAUGAUUAUAAUGAAUAAGAAGAAUGUUUUAGAAUGAAAGGAGUUGUAGAAAGUAUCUCUAAAGUAUGUUAAAUUUCAUGUGGAGCAAAUUAUACAUUAGCAUUAGAUAUAUAUGGAUCAGUAUAUUCAUGGGGAGAAGGUGCAACAGGUUGUUUGGGUUUACCAAUGUAAGUUGAUUAAUAAAGACCAACAAGAAUAGAUUUUGAUAAAAUAAGAAUGAAAUUUAUUAGUGCUGGUCCAUCUCAUGCUGCCAGUAUAUCUGAAGGAGCAGGAUCAUUAUUUACAUGGGGAGUUGGUACAUAUGGAUAAUUGGGACAUGGUACUAAUAAGAGUUCUAAUGUUCCAAUGAGUGUUGAUGCUGGAUCUGUUGUAGGAAAGGUUGUUGAAUAUGUAUCAUGUGGAGCAAUGCAUACAGCAUGUACAACUACUGAUGGAUAUGCACAUACUUUUGGAUUUAAUAAGAAUGGUUAAUUGGGUACUGGAGACUUUAAUGAUAGAUGGGAACCUGUAAAAGUUCAUUCCAUUUAAAAUUUUUAUGCAGUUUAUGCUAAAUGUGGUGGAAAUACAACAUUUAUCACUACAUUAGAGAGAUUAACUUUUGCAUUUGGAUCUAAUUCAAAAGGUAGAUUAGGUAUAAAAGAUGAAUUUGGAAGUAAUUAUCCAGAACCUUAAAGAAUUGAUACUAACUACUUUAAAUCUAAAUAAUAAUUUAUUUAUUAAUUAGCAUUAUCCUACCAUUAUGGAUUAGCUUUAUUACAAAGUGGAUCUAUUAUUUCAUUUGGUCUACCUUUUAAAGGAAUUUUAGGUAGAGAUCUCUAAGCUGAAUUAUUACCUAAAAAUUAUCUUACCAACAAUUCUAUGAAUGAUGAUUAUAAAUAAGGAGAUGAUGACGAGGGAGAAGAAAUGGCUUAAAAUAAAUUAAAUGAAGUCUUGAAUACUAUUAAGCCAGAUUUACUUUAGUCAUUAAUAGAACCUAAAAAUAUCAAUGAAGAAUUUUGUUUCUUUGGUAUGCAUUGCACUGAAUUCAUUAAUAAAUUACAGAAAGAAAUCAAGGCUUCUUCAUAUAUUGUUGAUGUAAAAUGUGGAGCAUUUCAUACAGUAGCCUUGACUGAUGCAGGUGAAGUUUGGGUUUGGGGUAGUAAUAAAUGUAUGUAACAUGGUUUAAAAGAUGAAUAAAUUAUUGAAUAAGUAAAAUUAAGAACUAAGUUUGUUGGUCCUUUUAUUUAAGAAACAAUUGCAGAUACUUCAUAUCCUAGUUAAGUAUUAACAUUUUCAAUUAGAGAAAAUAAAAGAGUGACUUAUUUAGCAACAGGAUUAGAAUAUGUUGUAGUUGUAGAAAAUAGACGUAAUAUUUAUUCUUGGGGCAAAAAUGACAAGGGUUAAUUAGGUUUAGGAUUUGUUAGUGAUUUUGUUGAAACUCCAUCUAUGUUGACAGAUCUAGAAGGAUUUAUGGUCAAAUAGGUUUCAUGUGGGGAAGAUCAUACAUUAAUAUUAGAUGAAGGUGGAUCACUUUAUGCAGUGGGUUCUCCAGUAGAUGGAAAAUUAGGAUUGGGACCCAAGAACUCAGUUGUAUUGUAAACAUAGAAAGUUCCUUUUAUUUUUGAUGUUGCUAAAGUAGCUGUUGGUCCUCAUCAUUCAAUGGCAUUAGUGGUUGAUAAAAAGUAUAAUGAGAGAGUUAUUAAAACAAAAGCAAAUGAAAAGAAUUAAGAAGACAAUUCUUAAAAAUAUGUAAUAUACACUUGGGGUAAUGGAUAUGGAGGAAAAUUAGGUCAUGGUAAUUUAGAUAAUCAAUAUUAUCCUAAACUAUUACAAACAAAAUAUUCAUUUAAAGAUGUAUCUGCAGGAACUAAUCAUUCUGGAGCAUUGACGAUUGAUGAUCAAAUAGUAGUAUGGGGAGUUGGUUCUUAUUUGGGAAUAGCUAAGCCUGAAGAUGACACUGAUGAUAAAUAGCAUUUGAAAUCAGAUAAAGAUUAAGAGGCUGAACCCUAUUAUAUUGUAUCUCCUAUAAAGCAUAACGAUUUGGCAACUAGAAAAUACAAAAGUCUUUGUUUGGGAGAUCGUUAUAAUAUGGCAAUUAGUAAAUAAAACAAAGUGUUUGUCUGGGGUUUGUUUGAUUUUGAUUUCUAAGAGAAAUUAAAAAAUCAAUGUGCAAAUGCUGCACAAAGAGAAAAAUAUGUUGAAGUCCUUAUGACCAAUAUUGUUAAUACUCCCUUAUGUGAUAUUUAAUUCACAACAGUUAGUUGCAGUUUCAAUCAUGCUGUUGCUUUAACAGAAAAUUAAGAUAAAAAGGAAUUGUUCUCUUGGGGUUAUGAUGGAAUGACUGGUAGAUUAGGUUUAGGUUAUGAAUUUAUAAAUCCAGAUAAGGAAAAUGAAAUGUAAUUACAAAAUAAAAAUUAAUAAUAAGUAAAAAAAGAAAAUUUCAAAACUUUGAAAACUUUGUUCGUUAAGCCUGAACCUCUUUAGUUUAUUAAUUAAUAUCUUGAUUACACUUUCAAAUAAUAUUAAUUAAUGUAAUUGUAAGCAGAUAAGGUUGAUGAAGAUGAGGAUGAAUUUGAAGAAGAAUUUAAAAGAAAAGAUUAAAAAAAAGCAGGUACGAAUACUGAUGGAUUUUAAUUACCAAAUAAAAAAUUAUCAAAGAGACCAUUAAGUAAAAGAGUUUUUAUUGGUGCAUCUUUAGGGAUGAUUGAAGAAGGUAAAUUGAUUUGUAAAUCUUCUUGGGAUCAAUUUAUUAAUGAAUCCAAGCCAGAUAUUUAUAGAUGUUCAUAUGUUGAUAGAGGAGAUGAUCCAGAAAAAAUUACCACUUCAAGACGAGUCAAUUUUUUUGAAGAAAAACCUGUUGAUGAUGUCUAUGAUGCAAUAUUAGAAUUGGAUUAAGAAAAUCAAAGACUCUAUAAAGAAAUUAAAGAUAUACAUUUAUAAGAAUUUAAGAAAUUUAAAGAUGAAGCCAUGCUGACUAUUAUCAACAAAGUUUAACGUAAACCUUUUGAUAUAUAAUUUAAAACAGAAGAGAAGGACAAGGAUAAAAAGAAAGAGAAAAAGUAAAAAAAGCAUGAAGCAUAUUAUAAUUGUUCAUUAUGUUAUAAAAUAAUGUUUACUAUGCUUCAAUUACACCCUUGCUAUUUUAUAAAUAUUUUUAAGCAUGGAGGAUUAAGCAAGAAAAACUUUGUUGAUUUAGUAAUGGAUACUUUUGGAGAUAUCUCUAAUGAUAAAAGAAAAUAUCGUAUAUUAAUUAAUUUAUUGAUUCAAAUACUUCGUUUAGAAUUACACAGUUUAACAAGUAAAAAGUUAAUUUUCACAUAAAAAGAGACAAAUGAACCCUCUUUAUAUGCCUUUACUAAUUUAUUUAUAUAAUUUUAAGGAUAAUUUGGUAAAUGUAUAACAACAAAUUUAAAAUUGAUAGAAACUUCUAUUAAAAGUAUAGAAAAUAAAUUAACAAGUGGUAUAGCUAAAAACCUUAAGCCUGUGGCAUUAGUUUUUAGUUAGAAUCAUAUUUAAAAUCCUGGAUGUGAUGUAUUAUUGCCUAAAUUUGAUGGGCCAUAAGAAAGUAAAUUUUUUUAAGAAAGAGUUAUAUUCAUUAAAGAAUUCUGGGAUGAAUUUGCUCCAAAAUUAACAAACUUUUUGCCUUAAGAUAAAAGAGGACCAUAUGAUGUUCCAGUUGCAGUAAGAGAAUUAUUUUUAAAAACUUAUGAAGUAGUUAAACCUUUUUUUUAAAAGAAUAAUUAACAAAUAGAAUAAAUUUAAUGUCGUAUGCUUGGGUUAUAUUAUCAAAAUUAUUAAAAUAUGUUUAUAGCAUAAGCUUAAAAAUAAGAAUCAGAGAAAACAAUAGAUUAAAAAGCUGAAUCAAAUUUUUUGAAUAUUAAAUGUUUUUUGGAAAUGUUUGAUUAUUUUAUUAAUGAUAAAGAAGAGGAACCUGAAAAUGUACCUUUAUGGUAGAAUAUCAUUGAAAUAUUUGGAAAUCAUGCUCCCAGAAGAAUCACAGCAUUUAAUGCAAUAGCUUAUGGAGCAAGUACAACAAAUGGAAUACAAAAUAUUAAAUUGUAAGAGAAAAUUCAAAUGGCAAGCAAAUAUAUAUCAAAGAAUGAAGUAACUAAAAUAAAGGAUAUAUAUUUUCAUGCAAUAGAAUAUAGUGAUGAUAUUAUAAUUCCAAGAGUUAAAUCAAUUUAUUGGGCUACUAAAAGUAUAGUAGAAAAUAUAUAAAAAAUAAAAUAUGUCUAAGCAGAAAAUUAAGAUCUUAUGGAAUAAUUUGCCAAAAGUAUCAAGACUUAACCUAUUAGUUAUUUAACAGAAACAGAACCAGAUGAAAAUACUGGUUCAGAGAGAAUUCAAGUUAAAUUGAAAACUAGAUAAUUAUAUUAUACUACAAUGUCUUUAUCAUUAAGACAUUGUAGUGAAUGUGGAUGUUAUGCCAUAGAAUCAUUUUUAAGAACUGAAGAUUAACCACCAUUUCAUAGAUUUGAUUAAUGGAAUCCUGUUAGUUUAUCUGCAUUAUUAAUAAGAAUUGUAUCAUGUUUUAAAAAUAAAAAAGAUUUUGAUGAAUUUUUAGCUGGUUAAGGUGAUGUAACAACAAUUUUAAAGAAGAAGGCAGCUGUGUAAAAAGAAUAAGGAUUAUUUGGAAAUAUUAUAAAAUUGAAAGAAUUUGAGAAGGCAUUUGAUGAAAAAGUCUAAUUCAAUAUAGAGUAAUCAGAUGAAGUAGUUGAAGAUUCUAAAUUAGCAAGAACUAAAGAAAGCAAAAAAGUAUUAAGAGAAUUGAGAUUAUUGAUUUAAGAUAGAUUAAUAUCAGUAUACAAAUAUUUAUAUAAUAUGGAAAAGAAUAUGGUUGCUUUAGAUGCAAUUAAUUUUGAAUUAUAAGAGAAAAUUACAAAAUUUAAGACAGAGAAAGUAGGAUUAUACAACAGAAUAAUAUCAAAUUGUUAUUUUGGAAUGGCAAAUAAAGAGUUAAUAAAAUAACUUUAAAGCAAUCCUGUUGCUAUGGUUGGUUAAAUUAAAGAUGCUAUCAAGUAAGUAAGUACAUCAACAGAAAUCUAUGAAAAUAUUGAUGUUUUUAAGAAAAGUGCAGAUCAACCAAGUUAUUUGACCAUUUUCGGAAGUUAUUCAUAUAGCAUUCUUUAAUCUCGAAAAAUAAUUGAUUCUAUUAAAUCUAUGGCAUAUGAUGAUAUUAAAAGACAUACAAAAUAAUAGUAAUUAAAUAUAAUAUUAUAGAGUCACUCCUAAUGUUAUAAAUAAUAGGUUAGUAUUUUCAUUUCAAAAAGACAUAAACUCAAAUAGUUUACUCAUAGUUAUAGUGUAUUCAGAAGUUGAAUUUGAUUGGAAAUAAACAGUUAGUUGCGGUCUUAUUCAACCAGUAAUAAUAAUAAAAUUAUAAUUAUUAGAAUAUAGAACCAAUAGAAUUUAUUGUUGACUAAUUUGUAGUUGAAACAACAACUAUUCUCUAAAUGAGAAAAGAUAUAGCUUUAGCAAUAGAUAUUGAAAAACCAUAACCUUUAGGAAAAUAUUGUAAUUUUAGAAAGAAAGGAUUAAUGUAACUAUUAGAUGAACUUACAAAUCAUGCUGUUAUUUAUGAUCAUUUGUAUGUUGAACCAGAGAAAAAAGAUUAACAUCAUCAUAAUCAAUAAAAAAAAUGA